GCACGCACACAUAUACACACACACACACACACACACAGAUGUGCGCGCACACAUACACAUACACACACACACACACACACACACACGCACAGACACACACACACACAUACACAAAGAUAAAUGUCGUCCUCCACAUUUAAGCCGACACAACAACCAAUACACUCCGGUGGAGGUUCAAGAAAAAUAACCUGGUUGCAAAAGUAUUCACACCCUUCAACAAAGGGUCACUAUUAUCACAUUAUAUAUAUAUUUUUGUGUGUGUGUAAAAUAUCCAUUGUAUUACAUUAAGAGUUUGUUUUUAUUCUGAUGUUACCGAAGCUUGUAUUUGUAUAAAUGAAACUCGGACUGAAAAAAAAAACGAUCUUGAACAUAUGAAGUAACGUGUCGCGUUUCCUGUAUUUGUUAAUAAUUAAAGUACGAGUUCAAAACCGUAAAAGACGAGCCGCGUGCCGUGUGUCAUUUGUCUCCUGUCGAUAAAAUAAACGCCGUGGAGCCGAGGUGGUGUCGUAUAAUGCCGUUUCCAUGGCGACAAGGCUAUCGGUUUCGUCACGAGCUCCUGGACUUUAGAUCGUGUUCGCAGGUCUGAUCCAGGAAGUCACCUGCCUCCGUACGGACGACACACGAUGGCUAAGUUUCUGUCUCAGACUCAGAUUAACGAAUUUAAAGAAUGCUUCUCGCUCUACGAUAAAAAGCGUAAAGGGAAAAUCGAAGCCAAGGAUCUGAUCACUGUGAUGCGGUCUUUAGGAACGAGUCCCACUUUCGGCGAAGUGGACCGACAUCUACAGGUCCAUAAAAUAGAUAAAAUGGGCGAGUUGGACUUCUCUACCUUCCUGACCAUCAUGCACAGACAGAUGCAGCAGGAAGACCCCAAGACGGAGAUCCUGGAGGCCAUGCGCAUGACGGACAAGCAGAAGAAGGGCUACAUCAUGGCGUCGGAGCUCCGCGCCAAACUCACAGGCCUGGGAGAGAAACUCACCGAUAAAGAAGUCGACCAGCUGUUUAAGGAGGCGAACGUCGGCCCUGACGGCCGGAUUCACUACGAGGAGUUUACCAGGAUGGUCACUCUGCCUCAGGCCGACUACUGAAGCGCCGAACAGGAAGUGCCUGGAGUUAUCAGUGCGUGUUUGUUCUGCGUCAGUCAGUAAACGUGCUGUAAUUGACUUUUCUAAUAAAUCGACAGUAAUUUAAAAAAAAAAUAUAUAUAUAUAUUGGUAAUAUUUGGUAUUAAUUAAAAAAAAUCCAGACUUUGUCUUUCAA